AUCUUAGUUUCCGCACCGCCGUUCCUCGCUGUCCCCUUCAGGCUUCCGGACUGGAAGGACAGCCGGCGAUAAAACGCGCCUGGUGAGGCUCAGGAGUCACUGGUCACAGAGACCCAGUCCGACUUUCCCAUCGUACUGAGAUCCUGCUGGAAACUCUGCUGCAACAUGAGCUCCGCAGCCCGGUUCUGCCCCUCACGCCCCGUGCUGCUGUUUCUGGCGUUGCUGCUCCUACCAGUUGUGGUCGCCUUCGCCACAGCUGAAGCUGAAGAAGAUGGGGACCUUCAGUGCCUGUGUGUGAAGACCACCUCCCAGGUCCGUCCCAGGCACAUCACCAGCCUGGAGGUGAUCAAGGCCGGACCCCACUGCCCCACUGCCCAACUGAUAGCCACGCUGAAGAAUGGGAGGAAAAUUUGCUUGGACCUGCAAGCCCCGCUGUACAAGAAAAUAGUUAAGAAACUUUUGGAGAGUUAGCUACUAGUUGUCUAAGUGUGUGCAUUUGCUUUGUAACAUACUUUUUUUUUUUCCAGUUUCAAUCUAACUGUGAAAGAACCUCUGAUAUUUGUGUUAUCCCUAUGAUUUUAAAUAAACAAAAUGAAUCAAGUUGUAGUAUAGUCAAAAUACUUCUUAAUAAUAGUGCAAAAAUUGCAUUGACACAUAAUUUCAUGGAAGAAAAAAAUUCCGGUAUUUUAAGCAAAAAGUAUUUUGAAGGAAGGUUUGAAUACUGGCUUUGCUUGGUGUUACAUGUUGGCUGAUACAUAUUCAUGCAUUUACAUGAUUGCAGUACUUUAUAGCUACAAUUUACCUGGACGAUUAUUAUUACCUUUGCCAAUAAAUAUUAGUAGCAC